AUGAUUUUCAUGAUCUGGACGAUGCCCGUUGCUGUGUUGUCCUUACGAACACUUCCUGCGCAGCAAUCGACAAGCAGCCCGUGAUGUGUACCAUGGGCGAUAGGCCUAUCAUGACUCCGGUGUUCCCGCCGGACGCGCUGUGCGACUUCCUCUUCUUCGACUCGCUGUACAAGGGAGGCCACAACCUGCUCCCCGACAAGGCGACCUACAGCACCAGCCUCUACACUUUCCUCUUCAACCACCGCUCUUACCGACGUACAACCCUUGGUGUUGGCUUCGCAUUCGACUAUUUGGCGACGGCGGAGGACGCUCUGAAGGUUAUGAACCCCAGUCCACUUGCACCCUUCUGGGAACACGGCAUUUUCCACGUCGGUAUCCUCGACACACCCGCGACGGCUGUUCGAAACCAGACGAAAGCGGCCAUCGCCACACUUAAGGCGAUGAACCGGCUGCUUGACACUCAGAGAGCGCAGGGCAACUUUUCAAUCACGGCGCUGGCUAUGCCGCAACCGGAUCUGGGAUGGAGUUUGGCUUUUGCCGCGGAUUGCAGGGACCUCGGUUUCAGUCCGUACCUGUUCAUCGCGUUCGGUCACUACCGGUUCGGCGACAACAUGGUGCCGCACUGCGCGGUCAUGCCUCCAACGCGUCAUCCGGACGACACUCCUCCGGAUGACAUCGCCCGGGACUACAACUUCGACCUGUCGACCGCCGUGUCCAGCCUUCGCAAGCUCUUCUCCCUGGGCGCGCACACUAGAGGCCUCGUGUCAGUGACCAUGAAGGGGCGUUGGACAGAGCCUCUGCACCCGGAUUUAGUUGACUUCUUUACGCGUUGUUCAUCUGACGCAAACAUCGAGUCGUUCGGCAGCUACACUGAGGUGUGUCCCGGUGGUUUUUCUGGUCUCCAGGCUCGGUUAAAUUAUUCGGAAAAGCACUACGCCGUUAUUACCUACAUCGAGAGCAUGAAUCGCACCUUCGUCUACGACAACGAGAAGGCAUUUGCUGCCAAGUUGUGCCACGCGAAGAGCAUAGCGCCCAACGUGACGUUCGGCAUCGCCGUCUACGACAUAGACUACGACGACUAUCAUAAUAUGUGUACGGCCCUGAACAGAUACCACCGCAACAGCCGAUUGAGGGCGGUGAAGAUGGUGGUGGAUUCCUUCCGGCGGCAGAACGCGGUUUUUAAAGAGGAUGUUUGCGUAAGAAGCGCGGCGCCCUAAAAGCGCCGCCGGCUGCGCUGGUCCUCGACACAGGGCCGAUUUCUCGUGGAAUGCGGUGAAAUAUAGUAUAGUUCUGGUCGCGCGUACUGUAUUCUUCAGAGCAGCCGUUGAUGAAGCCGCCCGCCUAACUGACUGUGCGUAACGCGGUCAGUUAGGCGGACCACCCUGGUUCCUUCCCCUUGUACCAUUGUACGUAUGUAGUAACCUUGCGCAAUAAAUAAUCACUUGUUAUCAGC